AUGUUCUGGGGCAACAAAGCCGCGCAGGCUUCCGAGCCGGACCUCGCCCGCACCGAUUCCUCUAAUAACGAUCCGGCAGCUUCCGCCUCCCAGGCUUCCGGUACUGCAUGGCUCGCCGGCCACUUGCAGCACCUUACACCGGAACAGGAACAGAGCCUAGAGCAAUUCAAGAAAGUAUGCGCCGAGCGCAAGUACUACACUCCUGCCGGAGAGCAGGGCACCCCCAGCCAUGGAGAUGCGACUCUGCUGCGGUUUUUGCGAGCCCGCAAGUUUGAUGUCGAGGGUGCUUGGGCCCAAUUCAAGGAUACAGAAGACUGGCGCAAGGAUAAUGCCAUUGACGCCCUGUAUGAGAAUAUCGGCGUAGACUCCUACGAGGCUGCCCGCCGCAUGUACCCCCAAUGGACGGGUCGUCGCGAUCGUCGCGGAAUCCCCGUCUACGUCUUCGAGAUUCGUCACUUGGACAACAAGGCUGUUGCCGCAUACAACUCGACCAUGACUACUGGAACACCCGAAACACAUAAAUCAUCAACUGUGCCUGCGCGCCUGCUCAACCUCUUCGCGUUGUACGAGAACCUUCUCCGCUUCGUCAUGCCGCUUUGUUCCGCCCUCCCGCGCCCAAAUCCCGAAACCCCCAUCGUCACCUCCACUAAUAUUGUGGACGUGAGCGGUGUUGGUCUGAAGCAGUUCUGGAACUUGAAGAGUCACAUGCAAGAUGCAAGUGUCCUAGCGACUGCACACUACCCAGAGACACUGGAUCGGAUCUUCAUUAUUGGCGCACCUUCGUUCUUCCCUACCGUGUGGAGCUGGAUUAAGCGUUGGUUUGACCCCGGCACCACGUCUAAGAUCUUUAUUCUCUCUGCUGCUGAGGUCGAGCCUACUCUAACCGCAUUCAUGGAACCGACUAGUAUCCCCAAGCAAUAUGGAGGCGAGCUUGAAUGGCAGUGGGGCGAUAUGCCCAAUGUGGACGACCCCAGCCGCGAACUUCUGCAGGGUAUCGAACAGCCUCUGGCCGAGGGUCAGACGCGAAAGGAUAUCCUGAAGGGUCCCGUGCGGUUCGAAGGUGAUCAUCUCCAGGUUCUUGGUACUGUAGAUGGAAAGGAGCGCCGAGAGGUCAUUCCCGUUCCCAAGGCCCAGACAUCUGAGUCUGAGGCUAAGCCUGCUGAGUCCACGGAGACAUCGGGUGAUGUCGCUGGUGCGGAGACUCACGCAGAUGAUGAAAAGGCUGUUGAAAAUGUCGCAGUCAAGGUGAAUCAGCUGUCUGUUGGUGAAUCCCCUGCCGCAUAA